UCACCCGAAUCUCACGGCUUUGGCUUAGGCUCUAAACUCUCCAGCCAGCAUUUCUCUCUUCUCUCUCUCUCUCUCUCUCUCUCUCUCUCUCUCUCCCUUCCUGCGUCUGAAUUUUCCAAUCCAAUUCUACCGGCUUAUUUUCCACAUUGGCCCACUCAUUCGUCCGGACGGUACAAGAGUCCACUUGCGCUAACACACAAGCCUACACAGCCAAGGCUGGCUAGCGUUAUGGCAACGCUUCAACUUCACAAAACCAAUGACAGCAGACCAACUUCACCAGAACUGAGCCAUUUGAGCCGAAUUCGUUUGGAUUCGAUCGAGCCUCGUAGACGAGGCAAUGCGAACGAGAGGCAAAAUGAGAGAAUAAUCUCGGAUAAAAGUCCUACUCAUCUGACCUCCUCUUGUGUGUACAGUUUGGAUAUUGUACUUGUUUAUGGGUCUCAUGUUACCAAGUCGGCCGCCAUGGGUAACUGGAUUAUUUCUUUCACCUGUCGAACAGCUUGUGAUGCGCUUAAACAGAUAUGGGGGAGAGAAAUUAGAUCAGAUAGGGCGAGGUAUCUGGUGGAAGAGGAGGAAGAGGGAAGCUGGAUGGAGGAUACGCCAACAGGAAGCCUAGUUGAGGAGACUAGGGCCAUCUGUGAACUGGGCUUCUUUGUCUGUUAA